AUGCAUUUCCUUUUGCCUUUAUACAGUCUUAUGGUUACUGUUGUGCUAUACCCCCUCUCUGAUGCCGCAACACCGAAUUGUCCCUUAUUGGGACCUGUUUAUCCUAAGCCUAGAAACAUUACAACCAAUUCUAUAAUGCAGGCUGCUUUUGCAAAUUUUACCUCCUUUCUUACGGGUGUAGAUGCAGCUAUCGAAGGACAAGAGAAUUCAUACUCUCUCGAAGUCUUCUCCGCCGACGAUCAGGAUACAUCAGCCUUCACUUGGUAUCACACGGCUGCGAACCUUCCGUCUUUCAACUCUACGGGCGUGACGGAAGUUGAUGGAGACUCUGUGUAUAGGAUAGGGAGUCUUACCAAGCUGUUUACUAUGUAUACAUUCCUCAUUGAAGCUGGGGACUUUUACUGGAAUGCACCGAUUACCGACUUUGUAUCAGAGUUGCAAGCCAUUGCAGCCAACAAAAGCGGCAAUGCACUUACGAGAGUCUCGUGGACCGAUAUCACAAUUGGUUCUUUGGCAUCCCACUUAGCAGGGCUUUCAUCAGACACUUCGGUAAUGGGAGAGUUGACGCAGUCAGUCCCCGAUAAUAUUGAGCUGGUAUAUCUGGGCUUUCCUCCUCUGCCCGAAGCGGAUAUUCCAACAUGCGGUACCUGGCCCGAGUGCGAUCGAGCACAAUUCUUCAAUAUCUUGCAACGAUUUGACCCAGCUUUUGCACCAUUUGGUACCGCGGCAUAUUCAAAUAUUGCCUACCAGAUACUUUCAUAUGCUUUGGAAGCCAUCACUGGCAAAACAUUCGAGGCAAUGUUUGACGAAUCAAUAACCACUAAAUUGGACCUACAAAGAACUUUCUAUAAUGCCCCUUACGAAUCCAUUGGAAUUAUUCCUGGAACAGUGAAGAGCACUAAUUGGUAUUAUAGUCUUGGGGAAGAGAAUCCCGCAGGAAACAUGUAUUCAUCUUCGUCUGAUAUCGCCAGAAUUGGACGGUCUAUCCUGAACUAUGAAAUUCUUUCUGGACCGCAAACUCGGCGUUGGAUGAAGCCAGACGCCUUCGAUUCGGACCCCAGAGCUGGUAUUGGAGCUCCGUGGGGCAUUCGAAGAAUCCACAUGAACGACAGCUUCGCUCAGACGUACCGUUAUGUUGACACAUACGACAAAGGCGGAUCGAUCAGCGUGUGGGUCUCGUUCCUGGUCCUCAUUCCUGAUUACGAUGUUGGCUUCAUCCUUUUGAUUGCAGGCAAUAACAUCAAUGAUCUUGAGAUGGAAUUCUUGGAUGCAUGGGGAACCAUCAUCAUCCCCGCCCUGGAAGCAACAGCAAGAGAUCAAGCCGGGAAUGACUUUGCAGGAACCUACUCAGUGGCAGCGCCCGGUGGGAAUAGCAGCGCUGCCACGCUGAGAGAGAGAGCCGCACCGCCACUAGGUGUAAGCGUGGCAGAAGACACCAUGAACCCGACAAACAAGACUCUCGGCAAUGCCACGGCUGUUCUCAAUGCGACAAGUUUAGCUGUACCUCACGAUGCCGCGAACCUCAACUCUUCCUUGACCCUUGCGCUAGACGAAAAGCCUGGUCUAUCAGUCACGAGUUGGAUAAGCAACGGAACGGACAUGAGGCUCACCGUCGCACAACUUAUGACCAAUUACUCCGACCCAUACUGGAUCGAUCUUAGCAUCCGACUGUAUCCGACAGAUCUCAUAGUCACGAGCGAUGGAACAAGACAGCAGUCUUUCAAAGCCAUGUUCGAAGAUCUCGCCUCUCCACUGGUGGAAAAGACAUACUCGACUGCUUGUGCCACGUGGAUUGGUCCCACCGCGUAUGUUUAUGGAUCGUUGGCGCUAGACCAGUUCUUCUUCACUCUCCACAGCAACGGGACGGUGACUGUGGAUCCUCGGGCGCUGAGGGUGACGCUGGAGAAAGAGGUGGCCCCGUCCAAUAAGAGAAGUAUUCGAGAGAAGCAUGUAUUAUAA